AUGCGGCCUGACGGUAUGGGACGGUUUGGUUUUAAUGUUAAGGGUGGUGCGGAUCAGAACUAUCCGGUUAUCGUAUCACGAGUCGCUCCAGGAAGUUCUGCUGACAAGGCGCACCCACGACUUAAUGAAGGCGAUCAGGUCCUGUAUAUCAAUGGCCGUGACGUGACGCCAAUGUCCCAUGACACUGUGGUGGAUUUCAUCAGAAGCGCCCGAUCUGGACCAAUAUACCGCCUCGGCGAAGAAGUGGAUGAACCGGAAGGUGCCGCACUGCCGGAACAGAUGCGAGUGGCUGAGAGUGUGCCACGAAGCGACAAACUCCUCACAUUCCGCUCCGCGUGCUCAGUGAACGCUGCUGGCUACUGGUAA